UGUUAUCAAUUAGAUUUUUUGCUAUCACUACUAGAAUUUUCUCACCAAACACUGAAAGUACCAUUUCAACCAAAGAUCAAGUCAAGAAAACAACUCAAACCAAACAAAAUAAAAAUCAAAAUAGUAGUAUUGAGUCUUUAGAAAUAAUCCCCCUAAAGCAAAUGUGCAGAGACUUCUUUUUUUGUUUCUUUUUGUUUCUGGACACAAGAGUGGAAAGAAAAGAAAAUGAGUUCGAAUGGCGAGAAGAGGAUGAUGAAAAGGUCAGAUUUUGCGCAGAAGUUGUUGGAUGAUCUUCGUGUGCGUAAGGAACAGCUUUCAGGGUCUAAGAAUUGCCUGCCAACAGAUAGCUAUGCAUAUUCCAACAGAGGAUGUAAGGGAUCCAGAGCAAAAUCUACAACAUUUCAAGAACUCACUAGCAGCAGCAUAGAGGCUUCAAAUCAGUUAGUACCUUAUGGAAAAGGACGGAGCAUGGAGAAAAUCGAUCUUUCAAAAGCAUUAGCAUUUGCACUUGAGAAUGCUGGGAAAGCUACAAGAGGAGAUCCUUCAGGGAGUGCCUCAAUCAUUAGCUUCUUGCAUGAAGUAGGAAAGAGAUCUUUGGGAGAAAGAAGAAGCAGUCAAGUUUUGGUGCAACAACAACAACCUUCCUCAAGCAGUCCCAUGAUUCAUGUUCAUAUAAAAGAGAUUUCAAAGGGAGCUCAAAAACUGAAUCAGAUCAUUAAAGCAUAUAGCAACGGCCUCAGUUUUCGUAAAGGGAGGUACUCAAUACAAUGCGGUGAACAACUCAUGGAAGGUGCUAUUGACUUGGAACAGUCUCUUCGUUUGCUUGUAGACAUUCAACAAGCUUCUGAGUACACAACGAAUAAACAGAGAAAAAACAGAAUCAAGCUGCUUGAAGAAAAUGAUGAUGAUGAGGAUCAAGAUGAUGCUCAUAACCAAAAUUACCAAAAGAUCAAAGAAGUCGCCAAGGCAGAUAUCGAGAUGAGACUAUUGGCACUUAACUACCAAGAGGAUAAUAAGAAGAACAAACAUAGAAGAACAAGUAGUUGUGGAGAUACAGAAGAGAGAUCACUAAAACCUCAGAAAGGAAGGAUUCCAAGUGUUGUUGCCAAGUUAAUGGGAUUAGGAGAGUUUCCAGAAGAUGAAAAAGAGACCAACAACAAAAACGUUACAUCCACUAAAUCUGCAGAGAAUCUCACAAGGCGUAGAGUAAUGCAAGCUAGUGCAAAUCUUGUUGAACAGAAGGCACCAAGGAAGUCAACAUCAUUGGAUUUAGUAGUACAUAAAGAGACUCAAACCGCGAGUGAGAUGAACUACAAAGCCAAGUCUCAGCAGAAAGAUAGAGAGAAAGAUGAUUCAAUUUCAAACAGUAGAAAAAGAAGCAAAGUUUCAUACAAGAAGGAUGGAGAAGUGACGACGAAAAAUGUUGUCAGAAGGAACCCAUCUCCAACAGAACAUAAGCAUAAGGUUGUCGCAAGGAAGCCAUUACAGAAACUUAGUUCUGAGAAGAAACUAAUAUUUCAUAAACCUGAGGAAGAAGAGAGCAUUAAGAAAGAGAGGUUUCAGCGAGAAUAUAGCGUAAAGACCAAUCAGUCACCAAAACUUAUGAGUUCAGUGGAUAUACAAAAGAAGCUAGCACGCACAGUCACAGAACAUGCUAAAGCUCCAAGGAAAAGCUUUUGUCAUGUUGAAGUAGCACAAAAGGCAAGAGAAGGAGAGGUUCAUAAAGCCAAGAUCCGUGAGAAGAAGAACCAAGACAUAUAUAAUCAGAAUGAAGGAUUGUGCAAAGUAAUGAAGCGACCAGAGAUUAAGAAAGCAGAUGGAAAACAAGAUCAGUUACUCAGAAGUGAUGAUGAAUGUAACAAGACGAAGGCAGAAGCAGAGACAUACAUCAAAAAUUCUCAUGUUUCAGGUGUUGAGGUCCAAUCAUCAAACAAAAGUACUGUGGAAGAACAUAAGAGAGGGAUCAAAGAUGACUCAAUUCUUCUUAUUGCCGCGGAGAGAGUCACAUGCCAAGCUCCAUUAGAAAAUCAUCAUGGGAUUUUGUUCACGGAUGGGAUAGAUCAACAAGCUCCAAUAUCAAAGUUUAAUGGAAAUUCAGAGAGACUACCCGAGACAAUAUGUAAAGGAACCAAAGGGGAGGUAGAAGCUGGUUUACCUUUGUUGGAGAAGCGACAAGAAAAGCGGACACAAGAAACCACAGAGACAUUGUCUGAAAAUGAAAUUAACCUCAAGAAAAUAUUUGUGAAAAGCCAACUAUUUCUAGACACAGCAAAGGCACUUUUCAAACUCAACAUUCCUCCAAAUGUCUUUCAUGACGCCUCCGUUGAAAGCAAUUACUAUCAAGAAGACAAGAAUCUAAUCCUUGAAUGUGGCUUCGAGCUAAUGAAACGGAAAAGGAGAUUUCAAGAGUUAAGUGUACAUCCUUUCGUCAAGGUACCCAUCAGUUCCUCUAAAGUAAACUCAUUGGACCAUCUUAUUAGACAAAUGAGCAAAGAGUUAGAGAAGCUGCGAGCCUACGGUAGGGAUUACAACAUAGGAUCACAUGUUGAAGACUACGUGUUGGAAAGAGAUGUUCACCAUAAAGACCCAAACUUGAACUCAAUGUGGGACAUGGGUUGGAACGAUUCCAUGCUCGCCUUCAUCGAGAAAGAUGAUGUUAUGAGGGAUAUAGAGAGGGAAGUCUUCAGUGGACUCUUGGAGGAGAUAACAAGAGAUCUUAUAUGCAUAUAGCCGAGACUCUUCUUUCUCUCCUCUCCGAGUCAAAAGUGAGCUCUUGUUACGUUUUAGGUGAUCAUUAUCUUCAGCCAUUCUUCCACAUCGUUAAUGUUUUGUCUGAAAAUGGUUUUUUUUUUUUUUUUUUUCUUAACGUUGUGUGAGCAAAUGAUAUGGUAUGGAAAUUGAAUCGAUGGGCAGAGUGAGAGUCUUUGUGUACUGUCAAUGCGAUUGAUGUAACAACUAACAAAAAUAGUAGAUUCCUAGGUGUACC